GGAGAGGGAGAGCAGGUGGACAGUUGAGAGAGACUGCGGUGAAGCUGCCCUGGAGACAUGGCGGACCGGUGCCUCUGAAUAAGCAAAAAAUUAAGCGCGGGGGUGGGGGGAGGGAAAGUAAAAGGGCACCCCCGUUUUCUCCUCUUCCUCCUUCCACAGCGCAGUUAUGCUGUCCGGAAGUAGAGCGGCCGAAGGACAACUGGUGCAGCAGCCUUGGGGAGCCUUGGACUCCCUUCCCUUAUGCCCACUUCUUCAUGUUGCAUGCCAUCCUCUCCCUUGGCCUUAAACUGAGGUAGCUGGCUCAUCUCCGGGAGAACUGCUGUCCAUCCCUCCAUCUGGUGGCUGCCUUCAUCCUUCCCUCUCCCCCUUCCCCUUCUUUCCAGCUGUCUCCCUCCUUCUUUCUUUCUCUCAUUCUCUAUCUCUCUCUCUCUCCCUUUCCUCCCCCCCUCCCCCGCCACCACCAUCUUCCAAAGCUAUGGCUGCAGAAGAGGUCUUGGAGACCGUGGAUCACUAUAAAUCCGAGAUUGAGCGGCUGACCAAAGAGCUGACAGAGACAACCCAUGAAAAGAUCCAAGCAGCUGAAUAUGGGUUGGUGGUCUUGGAAGAGAAGCUCACCCUUAAACAGCAGUAUGAUGAGCUAGAAGCUGAAUAUGAUGUCCUCAAACAGGAGCUGGAGCAGCUGAGAGAGGCAUUUGGACAGUCAUUCUCGGUCCACCGUAAAGUAGCUGAAGAUGGCGAGACGCGGGAAGAGACACUCCUUCAGGAGUCAGCAUCAAAGGAAGCCUAUUACCUUGGAAAGAUUUUGGAAAUGCAGAACGAGCUGAAACAAAGUAGGACUGUGGUUAACAAUGUUCAGGCAGAGAAUGAACGAUUGACAGCAAUUGUGCAGGACUUGAAAGAGAACAAUGAAAUGGCAGAGCUGCAGAGAAUUCGGAUGAAAGAUGAAAUUAGAGAAUAUAAAUUUAGAGAGGCACGGCUUCUUCAGGACUAUACUGAACUUGAAGAAGAAAAUAUUACGUUGCAAAAGCUGGUUUCCACAUUAAAGCAGAAUCAGGUUGAAUAUGAAGGCUUGAAACAUGAGAUAAAACGGUUUGAGGAAGAGACUGUGUUGCUUAAUAGCCAGCUAGAAGACGCCAUCCGGUUAAAGGAGAUUGCGGAGCAUCAGCUAGAGGAGGCCCUGGAGACAUUAAAGAAUGAAAGGGAGCAAAAGAACAAUCUAAGGAAGGAACUGUCCCAGUAUAUCAAUUUAAAUGAUAGCAUGUAUAAUAAUCAUAUUAAUAUCUCAGUAGAUGGAUUAAAGUUUGGGGAAGAUGGGAAUGAACCUAAUAACGAUGACAAAAUGAACGGACACAUUCAUGGACCUCACAUGAAACUGAAUGGUGACUUUCGGACCCCCACCGUUAGGAAAGGAGAAUCUUUGCACCCGGUCUCUGAUCUCUUCAGUGAGCUGAACAUCUCUGAAAUGCAGAAGCUGAAGCAGCAACUUAUGCAGGUGGAACGUGAGAAGGCGAUUCUCCUGGCUAAUCUUCAGGAGUCUCAGACCCAGCUGGAGCACACAAAAGGGGCCCUCACUGAGCAGCACGAACGGGUCCAUAGGCUUACUGAACAUGUCAAUGCAAUGAGGGGUCUGCAGAGCAACAAAGAGUUGAAAGAAGUAGAUUUUGAGAAAGGCCGAGAUUCUGGGGAAGAAACCCAUGAUUAUGAAGUGGACAUCAAUGGCUUAGAGAUUCUGGAGUGUAAAUACAAAGUAGCUGUUACAGAGGUGAUUGACCUCAAAGCUGAAAUAAAAGCCUUAAAAGAGAAGUACAAUAAAUGUGUUGAAAACUACACUGAAGAAAAGGCCAAGUAUGAGAGCAGGAUCCAAAUUUAUGAUGAGCAGGUAUCCAGCUUAGAAAAGUCAACGAAGGAAAGCCACGAGAAGAUGACCCAGAUGGAAAAGGAAUUGCAGAGGAUUACAGGUGUUGCCAACGAGAACCAUAAUACCCUCAAUGCAGCUCAGGAUGAGCUGGUGACUUUCAGUGAAGAGCUUGCUCAGCUCUAUCAUCAUGUCUGCCUCUGUAACAAUGAAACUCCUAAUAGGGUUAUGCUGGACUAUUACAGGCAAAGUCGUGUUACUAGAAGUGGGAGCUUAAAGGGACCUGAUGAUCCAAGAGGGCUUCUAUCUCCUCGCCUUUCCAGGAGAGGAAUGGCACCCCCUGCAGAAGCUAGGGCACCACCUGAACAGGGUUCAAAAGAGAGCACAGAAGCCAACAAAGAGCCAAGUCCAACAAAGACGCCCACCAUUUCUCCUGUCAUUACAGCCCCUCCUUCCUCCCCAGUUUCUGACACCAGUGACAUUCGGAAAGAGCCAAUGAAUAUUUACAACCUCAAUGCCAUAAUACGGGACCAAAUCAAGCACUUGCAGAAAGCAGUAGAUCGGUCGCUGCAGCUGUCCCGGCAGCGUGCAGCGGCCCGUGAACUGGCACCUAUGAUUGAUAAGGACAAGGAGGCUUUAAUGGAAGAAAUAUUGAAAUUAAAGUCCCUGCUGAGUACAAAACGAGAGCAGAUAGCAACCCUCAGGGCAGUGUUGAAAGCCAACAAGCAGACAGCAGAAGUGGCCCUGGCUAACCUGAAGAAUAAAUAUGAGAAUGAGAAAGCCAUGGUAACAGAAACUAUGACUAAACUGCGCAAUGAGUUAAAAGCUUUGAAAGAAGAUGCAGCAACCUUCUCAUCCUUGAGAGCCAUGUUUGCAACCAGGUGUGAUGAAUAUGUCACUCAACUGGAUGAGAUGCAGAGGCAAUUGGCAGCUGCAGAGGAUGAGAAAAAGACCUUGAAUUCUUUGUUGCGGAUGGCUAUCCAGCAAAAACUCGCCCUGACUCAACGUUUGGAAGACUUAGAGUUUGAUCACGAGCAGUCCCGGCGGAGCAAAGGCAAACUUGGGAAAACCAAGAUCGGCAGCCCUAAAGUAAGUGAGGAGGCAUCAGCCACCGUGUCAACCAUAGACACUUUCCUCCUGCAUAGUCAGGCCCCACAACCACCAAACAUACUGGUCAGCAGUGGCACUCAGAGGAAAAGACUAUUCUCACCUUCCCCUUGUGAUCAGAGCCAUUCCAGGACUUCAGGGACCUAUCUACUGCCUUUAUUAAGAACCCCCCCUGAUCACACCUCCACAGAAUCAUUUCUUCUGAAGGGCCCCCCUUCCAUGAAUGACUCCUUCCAUGGGCACCGUCUCAGCAAGGAAAAAAGGUUAACCGUAGCCAUCCCAGGUAAACAAGAUUGUCAGCAGCCUGCUGCCUUCCUACCGCCACACGGCUCACAACUAGCCAGGAGGCAACGCUGCCAGACUGUCAGUCCUGAUGUAGCUCUUCCAGAAGAACAGCCACAUUCCAGCUCUCAGUGUGCCCCCGUCAGCUGUCUACUUAAGCCUCCUCCUUAACCUUGUUCUUCAUAUGCAACCUAAGAGUUGGGGGGAAAUCUCACAACACAGACUGAACUCAAGUUCUCACAGCAAAGGUACAGUUUGUAUCAAGGAACCAGUAAGCAUGACUGCCUCAUUGAGUCCAGACACAUAUCUACGGUCUUAACAAAGGAAGGCAUGGGAAGAGCUUAAAGCACAGUGUCCAGAUGGCUGAAGAUCUUUGAAGUUCCUCUGGGUGCAUCACGUGAUCAUAACUACAGAAUGGAAGUCAAACUUGUUCCUCCCAGUUAUUUGGCUAGGACUACUAAUGUGCUUGGAACCUAGAUUCCUACUGAAGCAAAGAGAAGAAAGUAUGCUACAAAUCUUAUUUUGCCCAUUCAGCUCAAGUUACUGACUCCACAUUUCCUUUCUGUUGUUUAAAUGGUGUUUUAUAUUUUUUUCUGACAUAUUUGCACCAAAAAGUAUGGUUAUUAGAAAUGAUGUGCAGAUGGUUUGUUCCACUUUUUUAAAGUAAUACAGAAAUACUUUACAUUGAGAUUUGUUUUUUCAGUUAGGAUUUUUUUUUAAUUUUUUAAAUUUAAAAAUGUAUAUAUUUUAUUUGAAGAUAGCUUGCCUUGGGCAAAAUGCACCCUGGUGUUUUGUUUGUAUUAUUGCACAACAUUGUGGAAAAUAUGUUGAAAUGGAAUGUGUAGAUGGGGGUGUUGCAGAAGAAGUUGGGCGUGCCGAAAUGGCAUCAAACUAAAUAGGCACACGAUAAAGCACUUAAACUGCAUUGAUUUUAACAGAAUUCUGGCAUGCCUAAUUUUCUCUGAAUUGUGUCUUUUGACUGGUACUACUCUGCUGCAUUGGAAUUGUUUACAAACUUGUUUUAUACAAUAUUAGCUGCUGGUUCCUUUAUACCUUUAACUUGAUUAAGCCUGAAAAGGGUUUUAUUGAAUAAUAUAUGCAUAAUUGUUUCCUUGUGCUUACUUUUGUGUUUCAGGGUAGAAUUUUGUUUUAAGGAUCUCUUCCUUCCUUCUGGACAAGCUAAUGACUUGGUGCUUUUUUCUGUUUGGUAUCCAGACAAAAAAUUCAAAUUAACUUGAAGUAAACAUACUGUGUUUUAUGAUCAUUUAAAAGUCCAGGAUAAUUUUCACUUAUUACUCCCAAAUCCAGUGUUAUCAGACUAGGACCUUACCUUGGUAAAACCAAGUGGUGGUGGGAGCGUUAAUCAGAUGAAUCAAUAUUAAUGCAUUUGGUGGUAAAUUUAGCAACAGAAGUGGGAUUGGUAUCUUGGACUGAAGAUAAUAGGUUUAGAUUCGUGUUUUAGGGGAUUGUCCAAACUGUCAGCAAUUUUUAUUCUAGCCCAUUCCAUAACAAAUAACUCAGGUCAGAGUACACAGGUUGUUCCUGCAUCGCUUGGCAUUCUUCCUUCAAGAAUUUCCCCAGUAAAUUUGAGAAAUACUGGGUACAAAAGAAAAUGAAGGAUAAAUUACAUUAUUCUGCACAAUGUUCAGAAGCAAGAUGGAUUACUCACUAGAUUUCAAGUUAUAAUUUUGAGCCUUCUGCUGGGUUUCUCAGUUAUACUGUUACCAAUUUCACCUGUGAGCAGAAUUCUUAUUCUCAAUCAGAUAGCCUUAAUACAUUACAGUAAGGAAGGCCUGAACAGAUCCAGGUCCCUUUGUUCCACCUCUGCAGUGCUGAUAUGAACUACAAGACAGAAAUUAUAAGAUAUCUGGCAAUAUCUUCUCUCUCCAUUCUAAAAGAUAUCAGAUCAGCUGGGAUAAAUUGACAUCAGCCCCCUGAAUCUUAAAGAAAAAGCUCCUUCUUAAAAUUUAAACCAAAAAGGGGGAAGCGGGAGGGGAGACCUCAGCCAAGGAAACCAUAAAGUCUAAGUGGCCAUCUUUGUGCCUAAUAAUAAAUAUCAUUGCAAAACCAGUAAACAAGGUGCUAAAAACAGGAUAAGCCUAAUCAGCAAUUGAUGUACUGUGGAGCAGAUGAAUUUUUGCCAGGAGACAUUGGUCAAGUUACCAGUGAAGUCCACAAACUACUUGAAAGCAACCUCCUGUGCCCCUAGUGACAAGUAAUUAGUAUGAUAGGGAAUUAACUAGAUGGAAAUACAUUGAGUUUAAAUGACCUCUGUGUGACAGUCCAAAUCAUAUACAGCUCUGUUGGUAGAGCCAUAGGAGCUAAUUGCACUCAUUUACGUCUUUCUAUGUUGCUUAUCUCGUGCUAUAUUUAACAUUUUAAUGCUUUACUUUAUUGGCAGCCCCUAAGGCUGCCAUGGCCAACUUUAGAGAGGGGUUACACGAACAGCUAGCUAUUAAGCAGAAGUAUCUGGUUGAACUGAGAGGUCCUCAAGAGUGCCAGAAACUUCAAACAUUCACCUCACUUUAACAGCCAUCCUAAACUUGAUAUUGUUGUUUUUGAAGUGGUGGGGUCGCCAUCCAGGAGCAAAGGUUGCAGUUAACGUUGGUGAACACUAAAAAGAGACCUAUGGAGAGUUUUGUUGUAGUUUUGCUUGUGGAUAAUGCAAAUUACUUUAUUCAUGUUGUUUUCCAAGAGAGAAGCACAUGAUUUCUUAGCCAGUGAAAUCAAGAGGCCUUAAAAGUGCUUAGCAAUGAUCAGAUCAUACCUUCACUUUGAUUUGUAUUCUAUUAAUGAACGAUUCCCACUCUCCCAAUGUAUACCUCAGAAUAUCUGUUAGAUCAAACUGUCUCUGUAACUGAGCUGGGCCCAUAUAGGUCCUACAACAUAUGCUAUGCUACAGUGUGACUCUUAUUCUUGCCAUAUUUUGGAACCAUGUUUUGCAAAAAAUACUAUUUAAAUGAUUUCAGGCUGCAGUCCUAUGAAUGCUGACUUGGGGAAAGGCUCUGGUGAAAAGUAAAAAAAAAAUGCAGUUGCUUGGACAUAAAUUCCACUUACUGCUGAGGAGGUUGUGGGCUCAUACCUGAGUAACAGUGCUAAAAAUACCAGGUUCUAUUUAAUAUCGGUUACACAUCAUAACUGGGAACAUCAUCAUCAUGAAAUGUCUAUUUUCAGAGUGUUCAAAAUGCUGGAAUAUAUAGUCAGCCAUAUUGCCUGAGACUUUAUUUUUUAAAUUUUGGGGAAUAAUUUUAAACAUUUGAAUAUCAAAAGUAUAGGUCCAGUCCAGAGAAAGGCAAGCAUACGCAUUCCCAUUUAAAUCCAGAAACAGAUGGGAAUGAACACAUAUUCAUUCACAAAAUGAAGAGUGAUGCAGGGAGAGAAUCUGCUAUGUAUUUGCACAUACAUGCACACAUUUAAACUGGCUUAGCUGGAUAUGGAAACAUCCAAUAUCAGCCUUCGUUAGGAAGAUGUGGACUUUUGUACGCCUUUAUUUUUUUUUCUUGUCUGCAGCAGUGGUGAAUUUGCGUAUAUAAAACAGACACAUCCAGAUCUUUACUAUUAUGCCAAGUGAUGACUUGCUGAAAACUCAAGAUCUAGAAAGUGCUCAAACCAAAUGAGAAAAUGACUGAAUGUUACAAAGAAAGUAAUGGUAUUCAGAAGGCCUCUUAAUAAAAAUUCAUAGUUAUUCAUUCUUUGGAAGGAAUCUUUUAGCAAUGAGAAAGUCCAUUAAAAAAAGAGCAUUUUCUAAACAAGGUUAUAGUCUACCCAACAUUUUUGUUUAACU